CUCCGCGACCACAAGACCGUACAGGACCCGGCCGGAAACGUCCUCGUCACGCUGCGGCGAAAGGCCAUGACCGUGCACGAGAGGUGGCACGCGUUCAGGGGAGACAGCACGGACCCCAAGGACCUCAUCUUCUCCACCAAGAGCCACUCUCUCUUGGCUUUUAAGGCCGAGAUCGACGUGUUCCUCGCCGCCAGCGCGACGGCGGAGAAGGCGUGCGACUUCAAGGUGAAAGGGAGCUUUUCCGGGGGGUCGUGUGUUGUCUAUGCCGGAAAAGAGGAGAAGGCUGGCUCCGUCGUUGCUCGGAUGCACAAGAAACACACGGCCAAGAGCGUGUUGCUGGGAAAGGACCAUUUCGCGGUGACGGUCAAUCCCAACGUGGAUAUGGCGUUCGUGGUGGCUCUCGUCGUCCUGCUCGACCACAUGAAUCGACAGGGUGGUCAAGCUGGUGGCGCGCCGAUCGGUUGAGCCUGGUUCAGCCGGCAUGACAAGGCGCCGUGAACACCACUAGUAUGACCGGCACGAUCGGUUACGACAUCUUAGCAGCAUAGUGUUGUUUCGGUGAUUUAAUUAAUAAAAGUUAAUUUAUAAUUUAUUUUAUGAAUUUAGAAGUUAAAUAUUGAUCUUAUUUGUUGGAUUCAAGUAUAAAUGGUUUAGGUAUUGGCAUU